AUGGCUGACUCCCACAAUCGUCAACCUGAAGAUGUACAUCGACAGGUCCCUAGCCACGAGCGAGCCACUACUGCUCACCCUGGCGUGUCCGCACAAGACCAGGCCAGGCUGAAUUUGGUCACCGGAAGCCUGCGUCGGAUCUUAGGAAAGCCAAUUCAGCGUCAGAUUGUCGGCAUGGCCAUUGCUCUUCGAGGUCUCAAUAUAGACAUCAGCCCGUGCACACCCAUCGAAGUCAGAACCAUGCGCGACGGCCUGGUUCAGCGAUGCGAGCUAUUCCUCGUUAUACGGCCACAGGAGCAGUUAUUCUACUUACGCCAACUGAUGGCCUCUUUUCGAGACGAACCCAGUCAUCACCACUACUUUCGCAUGGCGGCCGACAUCCUCCCUGACUUGGACAGCUUCGUGCGGAGUAUUCGGACAGGCCAGUACAAUGAGCGACGGGACGGAAACUGGUUUGCUUGGUGGCUCGAAGCACUCGAUGGCAUUGCGCAGCAGAAUAACAUCAGCAGACAACAGCAAUUGCAAUGGGAUCAUAAUAUGGUACGCCACUUGAUCGAGUACGAGAUCAUGGGCAGAACCCCAGUUGUUAUACCCAAUGUACUUGCGCCUAUCGCGAAUUCGCAUCGAACAGUCCGGGGCACUGCUCUUCCGUCUAUCACUAGACACCCAAGAAAGAAUACUGGUGGUAGCUCAGGCCGCCCGGCUUAG